CCCCCGCAAUCACUUCCCUACUCUUCAUUCUGUAAGUCCUACCUUGCCCCUCGGCCUCCGCUAAAACCCAGCUUUCGUUCGAAGAGCACGAGCAAGAAAGGGAUCUCAUUCUACGUACGGCACUGGCCGCUUUCGGAGUCGGAGGUUCUCUUUAACCGAGAGACCGUGCGAGAAACGCGCCAUCAGGCGUCCACGACAUUGUCUCUUGUUCAUUCCUCGUCUUGUGAUAACAUUCUUGCUCCGUUCAUGUGAUCCAGCCUCGUAGAUCAUUUUCCCAGUGACGAUCGCGUUUUACUCAAGCCUUUUCGAGCGUAGUUGCAAACAGAGUCACAGAACAACACGCUCCACCAAAGGCACACCGAGUUAGAUGAAACAUAACGCCCAUGGCUUAGAUUUGGAAACUUGAAUAACAGAGAGGAGGAGUGAAAAUGGCUGGAAUGUGUUCUUAUCAAACGAUCCUUGCAAUAUUGUUAUUUGCAACGGUUAUCGCAACAAGUGCUGCAGAUCCACAAUAUCCUAGAGAAAGGGUACCAAUCAGAGGUCCAUUGAAAAGGAAGCAUCCUUGCGAGCAAAGUUCGUGUUAUCCCGCCACAGGUAAUUUACUAAUUGGAAGGAAAAGUCGGCUGAACGCGUCUUCGACUUGCGGUCUUCACGGACCAGAAAGAUAUUGCAUCGUUUCCCAUUUGAAGGACAGGAAGAAAUGCUUCUUCUGCGAUGCAUCAUUGCCGAAGCAACAACACAAUAUCGAAAACAUUGUUACCGAGAAGAACUGGUGGCAAGCAGAGAAUGGCGUUGAAAAUGUAACGAUACGUUUCGAUUUAGAAGCGGAAUUUCAUUUCACCCACAUCAUCAUCCGUUUCAAGACCUUUCGACCAGCGGCGAUGCUGAUCGAAAGAUCUUACGAUUUCGGAAGAACUUGGAAAGUCUAUCGAUACUUCGCCCACAACUGCGAGCAAUAUUUCCCAGGCGUGUCUACCGAACAACCCCAAACCUUGACUGACGUCAUCUGCGAGACGAGAUAUUCUGGCGUGGCGCCAUCGACAGGAGGCGACGUUAUCUUCAGAGUGUUACCUCGAAAUCUAGAGAUCGACAACCCUUAUUCGAAGGAGGUGCAGGAUCUUUUAAAAAUUACGAACCUCCGCAUAAAUAUGACCAGGCUACAUACCUUAGGUGACGAUCUGUUGGACGAUCGCGCUGAAAUUCGCGAGAAAUACUACUACGGCAUUCAGAACAUGGUGAUCCGUGGUUCUUGCUCCUGCUACGGUCACGCAUCAAGAUGUCUACCUCUGCCCGGUGUCGCUGACGAGGAGAACAUGGUGCACGGUAGAUGCGAGUGUACGCAUAACACGACAGGUUUGAAUUGCGAAAAGUGUCAGGACUUCUACAACGAUCUGCCAUGGAAGCCGGCCGUUGGAAAACAGACGAACGCGUGCAGACCAUGCAAUUGCAACAAUCACUCGACUUCCUGUCACUUCGACGAAGAUGUUUAUGAACAGUCUGGCCGCGUGUCUGGCGGUGUUUGCAACGACUGCCAACACAAUACCGAAGGGCGAAACUGCGAAUUAUGUAAAUUGUUCUAUUACCAUGACGUCACUAAGGACAUAUCUCACCCUGAAGCUUGCUUACCUUGCGACUGCGAUCUCGGUGGUUCUUUGGACGACGGUGUAUGCGAUUCGAGAACCGAUCCACUUAGCGGAGACGAAUCUGGUCGCUGUCGCUGCAAAGCAAACGUGGAGGGUCGUCGUUGUGAUCGCUGCAAAAAUGGAUAUUGGAAUUUCGAUCCUGAAAAUCCUGAUGGAUGUCAAGCUUGCACAUGUAACACUCUGGGCACUAUCGACAAUCGAGGCUGUAACACGAUCACCGGCGAGUGUACCUGCAAGCGUUUCGUCACUGCUCGUGACUGUAACCAGUGCCUUCUGGAUUACUGGGGCCUGUCGGAGGAUCCGGACGGUUGCAAGCCUUGCGACUGUGAUCCUGGUGGUUCGUACGAGAAUUCCUGCGACGUUAUAAGUGGCCAAUGCCGUUGCAGACCUCACAUUAGCGGGAGAACUUGCAACCAACCCGAGCAGAGUUACUACACCGGAUCGUUGGACUUCUUAAUUUACGAGGGAGAAUUAGCCAGAGCUUCCGAUAAUUGCCAAGUGGUGAUUAGAGAGCCUUAUCGUGAUGGAAGAAACAGCACUUGGACCGGGACUGGAUUUAUGAAGGCGCUAGAAGGUUCAGUGCUGAAUUUCACGAUCGACGAUAUUCGUAAAACAUUGUGGUACGAUAUAAUCGUCCGUUACGAACCGGUCCAGCAAGGAUCCUGGGAAAAUGUCCAGAUAAUCAUCGAAAGAGACGGCCCGGUGGAUCCAAAUGGCCUCUGUGCCGAUUCGAGGCCGGAGUACGAUCAGCUGUGGGCACAGCUUCCUUUACGAUCCAGAAGCAUCGUUGCGCAGCCUUCCGUUUGCCUGGAAGCUGGAAAAAGAUACAAUCUACUACUACAGUUCCGGAAAUUUAACAACCAUGUAGACACGCCCUCCGCAUCUAUCUUGGUUGACUCGAUCGUUCUGAGACCAAAAAUAGAUGAGAUACCUUUCUUCAAAACACCUGGAGUUGGUGAAUUACGUCGCCAGGAAUAUGAGAGACACCACUGCAGCGAAUUCUUUAACGAUUUCAAUGCUGUGUGGACCCAUAUGCCAGAAGUAUGCAAGAAGUAUCAAAACAGCAUCGGUUAUUACGUUUACGACGGUGCACAUUCCUGCGAAUGUAAUCCAACAGGAUCCCACAGUUUGUUGUGCGAGAAUUACGGAGGUACUUGUCCCUGUAAACCGAACGUCGUUGGUAGAAGGUGUGAUCGUUGCGCACCUGGCACCUACGGUUUUGGCCCGGAGGGUUGCAUCCCCUGCGACUGUGACGGUGUGGGCGCUCUGGACAAUUUCUGCGACGUGGAAACUGGUCGUUGCAAGUGUCGACCGAAUACUUACGGUAGAACCUGCGGUCAAUGCGAGCCAGGAUUCUGGAAUUUUCCGCAUUGCCAACGGUGCGAGUGCAACGGGCACGCAGAGAACUGUGACUCGAAAACCGGAGCUUGCAUCAAUUGUCGCGAUUAUACGACUGGGCACAACUGCGAUCGAUGCAUUGAAACCUACUACGGCGAUCCUAGAAUCGGGGUGGACAUUCCUUGCAGAGCAUGCCCUUGUCCAGGAGCUCUGGACUCUGGCCAUUCCUACGCCGACAGUUGUUCCUUGGAUUCGAUCACUCACGAUGUGAUCUGCGAAUGCUACGACGGCUACACGGGUCCUCGUUGCGAAAGCUGUGCUGAAAAUUACUUCGGCAAUCCUGAAGUUCCAGGCGGCAACUGCGAGUUUUGCAACUGCAACAACAACACUGAUCUUCGACGAAUUGGAAAUUGCGAUUCUGAAACUGGCCGUUGCUUGCAGUGCCUUUACAACACCGACGGAGCGAAUUGUCACAUUUGUAAAGCUGGCUUCUACGGCAAUGCCCUGGAACAGGACUGCCAGGAUUGUCAAUGCGACGUCUUGGGUACCGAUAGAAACGCAGGUCCUUGCGAUCACCGAACUGGACAGUGUCCUUGUCUACCUCACGUUAUCGGACAGCAUUGCGAUUCUUGCGAGGAAAAUCAUUGGAAGAUCGCCAGCGGACAAGGAUGCGAUCCUUGCGAAUGUGACUCGAUUGGAAGCGUUUCCGACAGUUGCAAUCCAUUCGACGGUACCUGCGAGUGUAAACCAGGUUUCGGAGGAAGACGGUGCAACGAGUGCCAAACGAAUUUCUGGGGCAAUCCGACCAUCAAGUGUUAUCCCUGCGAUUGCGAUUUAACCGGUUCAGCGAGCCAACAGUGCGACGGAGAAACAGGAAUGUGCAUCUGUCACAAAGGGAUCGGUGGCGAGAAGUGUGACCAGUGUUAUCGUGGUUAUUAUGGAAACGCUCCUCAAUGUAAUCCUUGCGGAGAAUGUUUCGACAAUUGGGAUAUAACGCUGACUGGCUUAAGAAACAAAACGAACCUCGUCAUCGAGGAAGCGUCGAGGAUCCAGAAGGUCGGAACAACCGGCGUUUACAGCCAGGAAUUCGACGACAUGAUCGAGUCUUUAGACCAGGUGAAGGGAUUGAUCAGCAGCACCUCCAUCAGAAGUCAAGAUCUAGAUGAACUGAACGAUCUAGCCAUCGACUUGAACCGUAAUGUCUCCAUGUCCACCAAGCAAUUAGAGGAAGUAAACAAUCUUCUAGAGACCGUCAGUCAAAGGGUGAAUCUAGGUGACGCUGCUUUGAAGAACCUUAAAAAUAGAACGAACAAUUUGCACCAAGCUGCGGCAGACCUCAAAGGAAACGCCACUAGAUUGCAGGAGGAAAAUGUGCAAGGCGCUUUGAACGUUACCCAGCAAAUGGCUGAGCAGUCGAAGCAAGCAGAGAAAAUGGCGAACGACACGAGCAACGUUCUAGCUGACGCGGAAAGGUACCGCAAACACACGGAGAGUUUGCUGGCCAAGAAUCGUGGCUUCGUGGACGAGGCACAGAAGAGGAACAGAGAGUCCCUGGAUCAAAUAAACGAUAAAUUGAGGACUUUCGAUAAGACCAUGCCAGGAUUGAAUCUGGAAAUGUGUGGAGAUAACGUGACAGACUGCAGCAGCGUGUGCGGUGGUGCUGGCUGCGGUUUUUGCGGCGGUUUAUCCUGUGAUGCAGGUGCGGUUACUAAGGCCAAUCAAGCUUUGGACGUGGCUAAGAAACAGGCUGCUAAAAUCAAGAAUUAUAAGGACGAGGCUGAGCAAUUGCUUCGUAAUAUGAUCCAAGUGAAACGUGACGCCACCACGGCCAGAUCGAACGCCCAGGACGCGUUCAAUUUCGCCUGGAGAGCUCGCAACUUAUCCGACAACGUGACGAAGGAUCUCUCCGACAUAAACAAACGAAUACGUAGCACUCUGGAUGAAGAACAGUCCACGCCACCCAUGGUGAGGGACUUAGCUAACGAGGUGUUGUCUAAGGACAUCCAACUGAAACCCAACGAGAUCAAUAUGUUGGCUGAUCGCAUAAAGAGCAUCGUCGGUUCUCUGACCGAUUCUGAGAAGAUUCUCGCGGACACCAAGGAUGAUCUUCAUCGAGCAGAAGAGCUGAAACAACGCGCAAAUAGUGCGAAGGAAAGCGCGAUAGAAAAGCAGGCUUUAGCCAACAAAGUAGUCGUUUUACUGAACGACGCGCAGAAGGCUCAGGAUUUGGCACAGUUUGCAAUUAAUCAAGCUGAACGGGACGUGAAGAGGUCCGAGAUGGAUCUGGAGGAGAUAGCGGAGGUGACCAGAGGGGCUCAGAUGCAAGCGAACAGCACUACGCAGACAGUGAAUCAACUGGAUGGUCGCCUAAAGCUGCUGCAGACUCAGUCGGUAAGAAACGACUUCGUUCUGAACCAAGAGAUCGGUAUCGAGGCUCAAAAAGUGGCCGACGAGGCGAAGAACGUCGAUGCGAAGACGAGGAAACUCUCCGAGGAGUACAAACGUGCCGACGAGUCGUUGGGUCUCAGAGUGAACAAGAGCAAAGAUAACAUUCAGAGGGCGAAGAAGCUCCUGCAGAGGGCCUCGGAAUUGACGGCAGACACGUCGACCAAAUUUAAGGAUCUCGAUGGCAUGGAGAUCGUUUACAGGGAUAACGAAAGGAUGUUGUUCGAUUUGAAGUCUGAAGUCGAUUCACUGACCGGAGAAAUGGAGAAACACUUAGCAGAGAUAGAACAGAAGGCGCAACAGUAUAGACAAUGUACUUCUUGAAUGUUUGAAGAGACUGUCGAUAGAGGCUUUUUUCGUUUACCUUCAUGAUAUUAUUUUUCAUUAUUCAUUUCGACAGAAACAUUUCCUGGGGUGUUUUAUAUCCCUUUAUCAAAUUAUUAUCCUUCUAAUCCAGUAUGUUUUUUCUCAAUUUCAAGAUUCUUUAUGGUUCUCAUCGUUCAGAAGUUCACUUACUGAAAUUGAGAAAUUAACGAUUAUGUAACUAAUAAAUGUAGUUUAUUAUUAAUAUUGUAUGAUAGUGAGCCAUGUAAUAUAAAAUACAAAGAUUAGGUUUAAAGGAUAAUCUAAAACGAAAACAAUUUGUAAAAACAAUUUGUACCUUUACAGAUAAUAAAGUAAUUAAGAUUAGCAAAGUUAGGUACUGCGCUCUGUAUUAUACACAAUAAAAACUUAUUCUAUUAACAUAAA